AUGUCUGGUAGACGUGGUUCAUUCGGCGGUCCACCAGGAGGCCGUGGAGGCGGUUCAUCAAGAGGUGGUUCUAGAGGUGGUUCUAGAGGAGGCCGUGGAGGAAGUGAUAGAGGCGGUAGAGGAGGCUCUAGAGGAGGCCGUGGAGGAAGUGAUAGAGGAAGUUCAAGAGGUGGACGUGGAGGUAGUGAUAGAGGCGGUAGAGGUGGAUCAAGAGGAGGCCGUGGAGGUAGUGAUAGGGGCGGUAGAGGAGGUUCAAGAGGAGGUCGUGGUGGAAAAGAACCAGUCUCUCAUUCAGUUAUCAAGAAUCAUGAUGGUGCUGAUACUAGAAUUACAGGUACAAAUAUGGCACCAUUAAAGAAUGCUCGUGUUUUUGGUGGUAAUGUUGGUGCUCCAGGUCCACCACCUCCAAGCUUUAAUGGUCCACCAAGAGGUGGGAAAAGAGGUCGUGAUGAUGAUAUGCAUAGUUCACCAGCUCAUAAAAGAACAAAAAGUUUCAGUGAUUCUUCUUCAAGACCUCCAAGAGAUGGUAAUGGCUUUGGUAAACCACAACGUGGUGGAGGUAGUGGCCGUGGAGGAAGUUCAAGUGAUAGAGGUGGUAGACCACCAAGAGAUGGUAGAGGAUUUGAUCAUUUUGGUAACAGAGAUAAAACUGAUGGAUUUGAUCAAAAAAAAUUAUUUGAAAGAACAAGACCUCCAAAACCACGUUUCUCAAUUGAUUCAUUAAAACCAUUGGUUCCAAAAGUUUUAAAUACAAGUGAAGAAAAUACUAGAGCUGUUUAUAUUUUAGGUAUGAGUCCUUCAAUUACUGAAGAUGAUAUUAGAGAAUGGAUUAUUGAAUUUUCAUCAUCUAAAAAAACUGAAGGUGCAACUUCAAAUUUGGUUAGUUCUUUGUUUAAACCUAAAAAAGAAGAAAAUGAAGAACAAACAAUAAGUGAUCUUGAAAAAGCUAAAGCUGAAGAAGCUAUUACAAAACCAAAUGAUGAAGCUAAUGGUGAGACUAAUGGUGAAGCUAAUGGUGAGACUAAUGGUGAAGUUAAUGGUGAAAAAACCGCUAUUGAUAAUAAUGAUAAUGCUGAAAAAGGUGAAGAAGACGAGGAAGAAGAUGGUGAUGAUGAAGAUGACAAUUCUGAUGAUGAAGCGGAGAAAGAAGAUAAAAAUAAAGAAGAUAAGACACCAAAGAAACCUUUAGAUCCAGAACAACAGAGACUUGCAACUUUACGUAAGAAUAAAAGAAGAGAAAGACGUAAAAAUAAAGCUAAAACUGCUAAAUAUGUUGAAAGAAGAUUGAACUCUAAAGCUCAACAUUUGUUGGAUAAUAUCAGAAAUGUUAUAUUUGAUACUCAAGAUAGUAAUGGUAAAUCAAGAGGUAAUGCUUAUGUUGAAUUUUCAACUCCAAUUUCAGCUAUUUUAUUCAGAGUUGUUAUUGAAAAAGUUAAUAAGAAUAAUAAAGAAAAAGGAUUAAAUUCAAGAUUCAUUACAAAAUUUGCUAAAGUUUCUAAAUAUCCAUUUACUUUGGUUAAAGCUACUGUUAAAGUUGAAUCAGUUGAAAUUACUGAAGGUGUUUCAAAACCACAAGAACCACCAUCACAAAAUGGAGCAGUUAAUGGUGUUGCCAACCCACAAAUCCCAAUACCACCUAGUGCUAACAAUCCAAGAGUUAAAACUGAAGGUGAAGUACCAAUUCCAUCAUCACCAUUUGUUAAUGUUCCACCACACGCUAGAUCUGAUAGUAGAACUGCACCUUUACCACCAACACCAACAUCUUCACAAAGAGUACCAUUACCACCACAUCAUCAACCAAAUCAACCACCAUCUGCAAAUCAUUCUAGACCACCACCACCACCAUCUGCAAAUGCUCCACCACAAUUGUCUCGUCGUGGUCAACAAGGACCACCAUCACAACAAGUACCACCAUCAAGAAAAGCACCACCAAGUGGUCCAGGUGGUCCAAAUGGAGCAGCAAUCCCACCACAUCGUUCUCAAGGUCCACAACAACCACCAACAAGACAACCAAUGGGAGCUGGAUCACCAAGACCAGGUCCUCCAUCAGGUGCAGGUUCACCAUCUUUAUCAAAUGCAAAUGUUAGAGGUGCUCCAAAUUUUGCAAAUUCACCAAGACAAGGCCCACCAGUCCAACAACCACCUCCAGGUUUAUCACGUCGUAGUGGUCCACCACCACCACCAUCUCAACAAGUACCACCAACUGCAGGUUCACCACAACAAGCUUAUGGGCAACCAAGAGGUCCUCCAGUACAACAACAACCAAAUAGAGCCAAUGUACCUCCAUCACAACAAAGAGGUCCACAAGGUCCACCACCACAAGGUCCACCACAACAAGGUCAAUUUGGUAGAGGUCCAAUUCCACCUACAGCUCAAAGAGGUCCACCACCACAACAAGGACAAUAUGGUAGACCACCACCUCAAGGUUAUCCACCACAAGGUUAUUCAGCACAAGGACCACCACCACCUCAAGGUUAUCCACCACAACGUCCAGGCUCAAAUUCAGGCCCAGGAGGUCCACCACAACCACAACCACAAUUUAGACAAGGUGUUCCACCUCAAGCAAGACCUCCACCACAAGGAUAUCCAUAUCAAGGUCAACCAGGAGGUCCACCAGGCCCAGGAGGUCCACCACCUCAAUUUAGACAAGGACCACCACCACCUCAAGGUUAUGGUUAUCCACCUUAUCAAGGAGGUCCACCACAAGGUGGAUCAGUACCACCUCAAGCUCAAGGUCAAAGAGGUCCACCACCUCAAGGUUAUAAUUAUCCACCACAAGGUCAAAGACCUCCACCACAAGCUUAA